AUGAUUGGAUUCUCCAGCGGCUUUGAGCAGGAAGAGAGUGCUGCCAGAGCUUAUGAUCUGGCAGCUCUCAAGUACUGGGGUACAGAAGCUCUUUUAAACUUUCCGAUUAUAACAUAUGAGAAAGAGUUGAAGGAAAUGCAAAACAUGCCGAGACAAGAAUAUAUUCGUUUUAUAAGGAGGGGUAGUACUAGCUUUUCGAGGGGUGCAUCAAUGUAUCGAGGAGUGACAAGGGCUCAUUUUAAGCACAGAAAUGAGGGAAAGUGGCAGGCUAGGAUUGGGAGAGUUGCAGGGAACAAAGAUAUGUAUCUGGGAACAUUCGAGACUGAGGAACAGGCUGCCGAAGCUUAUGACAUCGCCGCCAUCAAAUACAAAGGAGCAAGAGCCGUAACAAACUUUGAAAUAAGUAGAUAUGAUGUGAAAACCAUAAUGAGCACCGACCUACCCGUAGGAGGGCAAGAAGACCGCAAUAGUACUGCAGUACAAGAUAUGGAAAGCAUAGAACGUAUUGAGAAGAUUUUGGAAGAUGCAGCAAACACUCGGGCUGGGAAUAAUGUGGACAAAUCUAUCAUCGCUGCUUCUAGCACAGAAAGCUCGCUGACAGGUACAGUCAGCCAUUCCAAUGCUUCUGCUGCACCAUACAAUGCUGCUCUUGAACAGCCUGUUCAAGCUUCUCCAUCAAUGGUAUGGUAUGAGAAACUGAACCCUGCAACACAGCAAUUGAUGCCCACAAACAAUAACAAUGGUUUUCUAUACAAUCUGAUGGGCUUGGAACCUGGAGCCAUUGAUGAGCGUGGAAUCUCUAAAACCAUGGCAUCUGCUCAAGGACUGGUAAUGGGGGAUUCCUCUGUUCCAUCACACGGUUCUCUGCCAGCUCAAUUCAUCGAUACACAAGAAGGAUUAGUUGCGUCAAAGAUACCAGCCUCUGAAAACAUGAUGUCUGUGGGUACCUUCACAAGAAGCAUAGUCUGCUCUCCUGGGCAGCCCUCGGAUUUUGUGAGAGCUGGUUAUGAGAAUGUCCAAGGAUUAUUGGUUGCUUCAAGGGCACCAGCCUCUAAAAAUAUGAUGUCUAUGGGUACCUUCACAAAAAGCAUAGUCUGCUCUUCUAGGCAGCCAUCAGGUAUUGUGACAGCUGGUUAUGAAAAUGUCCAAGAAGGAUUGGUUGCUUCAAGGACACCAGCCUCUGAAAACAUCUCGUCUGUGAGUACCUUCACAAGAAGCAUGGUAUGCUCUCCUGGUCAGUCCUCAGGUAUUGUGAGAGCUGGUUAUGAGAAUCUCCAAGAAGGAUUAGCUGCUUUAAAGAUACCAUCUUCUGAGAACAUGCUGUCUGUGGGCACCUUCACAAGAAGCACAGUCUGCUCUCCUGGUCAGCCCUUAGGUAUUGUGAGAACUGGUUAUGAGAAUGUAAUAAUGCCUGAGAGAAACUGGAUGGCAUCGUCUCUUCAGUAUCCAGAAAGUGGGCCUAGCGAAAAACCAGCACGUCAAGCUUCUCAAAGUGAGCCAUUUGCAGGAACAGCAUGUCAAGCUCCUCUUAUGUUCAAUAUUUGGAAUGAUAUAAGGAUGUCAAGGUCUUAGUCAUUUGAAAUAGGAUUUCAGCUCUUCUCACCAUGCUACUUGUUUAACAGAAUAAUCUCUGUCCCUUUUGGACUAUGGAUAGUCCUAAGACAGUGCGGUAAAAAUUUAGUUUUUCAUGUUUUUUUUUAUUUUCAAGACUAAGGCUUUGUCCUUCAGGAGUAAAUCCAGUUUUGGGUGAGCUUUCGCUUCACUUUAUGGUAGAUGUUGAACAUUCCAGUAAUAUAAAGUUUUC